CUUAGUAUAUCCUUAUAUCCUUAGAACGAUAUUUAUUCAUGAAAUUGAACGGUAAACACUAAGCAGUUGGUUUUGUUUCCAGUAAGCCCUCGACACUAUAGGCAAUAGGAAAGCAGUUUUACCACGGAAUCAUUGUUAGUUAUUACGAAAGAUAGUGGAGAUAUUUCUGUUCUCUUUAUUAGUGUAAUUAUAUAAGAAAUACCACUUACAGGCUGUUCAAAACACUGAACGCCUGAAGUCUAGAUAUGGCCAUCGGCACUAUAGGCAAUAGGAAAACAGUUUUAUCACGGAAUUAUUGUUAAUUAUUACGGAUUAUAGGAGUGACAUUUCUGUUCUAUAUAUCACUGGAAUUAUAUAAGAUAUACCACUUAUAGUCUGUUAAAAAAUACACUGUUAUCAGUUUAUAGUACAUUUCUAUAAUAGUUUAAAUGUAGAAAGAAAGUGGAGUAUAUGGAAUUAUAUUCACCAAAACCAAUCUGAAUUCAUUUAAACUUGAUUUUAGAAUUAGAAACAAUUAACGUAUUCCGUGCUGUAGCUUUAAUAUAAGCAAUUGCUUCAUUGUUCUUAAAUUUAGCGCUAUAUCUCACUAUUUUAAUGCAAGUAGACAAUUUUGUAACGAAAUAAAAAAAUCAAUAAAGGAAUAGAGCUCUCAAUGGGAAUCAGUCGAUGAAAGUCAUCAUAACUGUCGAGUCUAAACUAACAAUAUCUAAAAAAAGGCAAACAAAAGGAAAGGAAAACACUAUGAAUUAUCUAUUCAGAAUACUGAUAUGUAACUCGUUUUGUGAGCUAUUAUUUUAAAGAAAAAUAUAGAUAUAUCACCAACGAUCUUUGUUUUGACGUCCAAAAUGAGACAUUUUCGUUUUACUUGUUGACAGUUCGUUUUACUUUUACUGUAAACGAGACAAAUAGAUUUAACAUAAAAAAUAACACGGAUACAAAAUUCGUAUCAUACAUUGUCGCUUGGUUACUUUUGGAAGAGCUGUGUCAUCACAAAAAGGAUUAUUAGAACAUAUACACAGAUCUCUGUUUGAUUGCGAUUUCUACUUUUUUUAUGGAAGCAGCCAUCAUGCAAAAUUACAAUGCCAACUGCUACCAAAGAUUGUAACAUGGCGGUAAAGGAAUGAAGUGCAUGUUGAACUACAUUAAAUGUUGUUACGUGGUCGUAACCAUUGCAUCAAUUACGAUAACCUGUGGAAUAACGUACUUUUACACAGAGCCAGGCUUUCUCCAAAGAAUGAACGCAGAAUAUACAACGUCUGAAUUGUUAAAAAACACAAAUGCAACCUAUGUUAAUAAUCUUAUUACUAAACAACAUCUGAAUACUUCAUACUUUCCCAAAAGACAUUUUUUAAGCAAAUCUACAGAUAGUUCGAUCCCAUACCUCGUUGAAAUGAUUCAUAACUUCUAUCUUAAUAAUAUCAAUGUAAAGAGCAAAAAGGAGUGCCAGCGUCACAAAUUCAUUGUCUAUAGUUGCGAUUUCUCAAGGUCUUGUGGUGGACUGGGUGAUAGACAACGAGGUAUUGUUUCUUUGUUUUUACUAGCUUUACUAACAUCAAGAGCUUUUGUUAUCAGUUUUGAAAAGCCAUGUGCCCUUGAAAACGUUUUAAAACCACACUUAUAUGACUGGUCCGUAUGCAAAUCAUUCGUUAAUACAAUAGGAAACAAUGACUCCAAAAUAUUUGACUUUGUUAAUAGAGCAGAACUGUUUAACGCUACUCAGGAUUUUGACAAAUGGGGAUGGAAGGUCGUGUUCAUCAAAAUAAAUUUUCAUCUGUUUGAUCAACUCCGGAAACGCGAGGACGUUAGAGACCGUAUAGACUGGCUUUUGCACAUGUCAAAGUGGAAAGUCGUAAACACUGUACUUCAAAUACUGUUUAAACCAGCACAGACAAGUUUUGAUUAUCUUAAACAAUUUGAUAAACAUAAAGUACAAGGAAAGACACUUGUAUGUAGUCACAUCCGAACAGGAAAAAAUCCAAGUAUACCAGAGGAUAACGUAUUUAGGACAAAACCUGACGAAACAAUAAUAUUCAACUUUCUGAAAAAAUACAUUGCGUCUAGCCAAUAUGUCCUUUAUCUAGCAACUGAUUCAGAUUCUGUCCGCCAAAAAUUUAUCAAAAUGUUUGAAAACAGUAUCAAAAUGAAUAUAACUCUUGUUCACAUUGAUCGUUUGGGUAAGUAUAAAAUGUUUCAGAAGCAGGCUUGUGAAGGACUUAAGUUUGCUGUUGUAGAACAGUAUAUUCUUUCUGCUUGUGACAUUUUGAUACUGACAAAGAGUGGAUUUGGAAAGACAGCAGCAUAUAUGCGAGGAAAAUCAGAUCAGUUGUUUCUGUUUCACCCAAUAAAAAGACGAGUUGUUUUGUCAGAUUUAAGACAUAUAUAAACUUUCCGAUAAAACUGUAUAUGUUCUUGUUUUAACAUAUAGUAUCACACUUCUUUUUUUUUAAAGUUGUCACGUCAUUUGAGAGAAUGGUUAGAAAGUGUUCGUGAUUUUGUAUAUGUUUUACAAUUCGACCAUUUUCGAGCAUUGAUGUUUUCAUAUAAGACCCCAAUGCAUAUGUAAUCGUAUGAACAACUUGUCUUCAAGUUAGACAUGUCUUUGGUACAUCUUGCGUUGGGCGUAUCAAUUUGAGAUUGGAAAAUCUCAAAAACAGAUUAGUCAUUUAUAUCCAUAACUAUUUGGCUGCUUAUAAACGUGAUGUACAAGUAUAGUGCGGCCCAAAUAUAUUUGCUCAACAAUGUGAUAUAUGCCAAAUGAAAAUAAAGAUCCGUAUAUUAUUUGCGGAACUGUGUGAUAUAAAGAAUAGCAGGCUUCUGUCUUUUGAUAUCGAUUUUAUCAGGUAGAGGCUGAUAAGGGUUAAAAGGGGUGAGGGAAUCUACCGCCCAUAUCUGCCGAGCCUUAUAACAUUGAUAUCAAACGAACGCUGAAUGACACUCUAUUUAUCAUAAAAAUCAUACAACCUGCCUAGAACAACAUAUGUCCUUAUCUCUUAUUUUGUGAAAUUGAGUUCUGAAGAUAAAAAAACCCAUAUUUUACGGAUUUGAAAAUCCAUCCGCGCCUGAAACAUCUGAAGGAAAUAAUAUGGCAGCCGUCCCAAAUUCAACUUUGACAAUGUUUAUUGACUUUCUGAUAUUCUUAUAAAAACUAACAAUAAGAUAGACUCUCACCCGUGUAAAAAAGGAAAACAUCAUCUGGAAAUAAUUAGAACAUACUUUAUUUCCAAACAUUUUAACUUUCACAUUUCAACUACAUCGCAUAGAAUCUACCGAAAAUUUCACUACCAGCUCCAUACACAGUCACAGAGAAUUUAAGGAUAAUAAAAUUACUAAAUUAACGCUGUUCAAAGAAUUAUUAUCGCUUUUGUUUCUAUUUAAUAAAAAUAUGCCUUCUUUAAGGUAUAAAUCAAAAAUAGUAAGUAUAGUGUCAGGUGUAUUAUAAUCAUUUCCAAGAAUCAAGCCAUAUAUGAUGAUGUAAACAUUUUAAUGUUAUGAUGAACGGUACACAUUGACGUCAGUAAAUUAUACAGUCUGUGUAUGAAAUAAGUGGAAACAGUCAUAGUUAAAUUACUUGUUGAGAUUUAAUAACUUAUUUAGAAAAAAGCCAUGCUAAACUAAAACUGGACUCUAAUAAAUUUAAUCUGGAAGAAAACUUAUGUAAACCUUACGGUGUUCCGUUUGGACAAUCGUGCCUUUU